GAUAUCGCAACCUAAGAAUCAUCUGAUCUAGUUUCAUUUUCACUGAAAAGGAAGUCCAGGGGGAGUGACUAGGCUCACACAAACAAAGAGUAAACAUUCACGAAAGCAGCCGUGUCAAGGAGCUGAGGACCUUUAAUGCAAGCAGAGGAUCAUUGGGAAGCCAAACCUCCUACUGUCUCCAUAAACAUAAAACAGAAUGAAGAAGCUACAAGUGAUCACAGGAUAUUGCAUCGUCCUGCUCCUUGUCCUGACUUCAGUUUCUGCGAUAAAAAAGCUCUCCACCAUGGACAGUCUCAAACAAAUGAACUUCGGACAGUCUGUCCCCAAACACAGUCUUCUAUUGCUGUAUUGGUUUGCCAACAUAAUUGAGAUUGACAAUAAUAAUUUGAUACGACUGACAUUUGACCCGAACCAGGGAGAUUACGGUUCACAUCAUUAUGGAAACUAUGAAAGAAUGCUGGAACCACUACCUCACGGAAAUGUCAGAUACAGGUACUACACUGUUGGUAAUCUCAAUCAUGAGAUGUCCUCGGAGCUUCCAUCCUACGUUAUUCACCCCCGAGUAGGCUUUGAAGGAAGAAACAGGGACCGGAUUAUAUUCAGAGUCAGAGAGCAGAAUGCAGGAAGGCAGGACAGACAGAUCAUAGAUCAAGUUUAUAUUACCCAGCAUUACGAGCAAGCCGAUAACCAGGGUACAAGGUAUGAUCCAGAGCAUACGUACCAAGUUACUACCCGCCUUUUAAACCGGAUUAGAGAGUUUAAUGAUGAUGAGGAUUACAGAGAUGUGAUGGAAGAUCUCAGACAACUCAGAGAUAACUUUGGAAGUCAUGCUGAUGAGAACCAGCUAAAAUACAUUAAGAACAGCUGGGGUGAACUUGCUUGCCUUGGACUAUUUCUGUAUAUUGUUGUCCAAGAAAAGCUCUCCUCACACCAACCAAGCAAACGACAGAAACCACCCACAAGAGAGAAGAAAAAUUCUGAUUUUGUUGUGAACAUCCCAGCAAGACCCCCAAGUAGCAUUUCAGGAAAUUUUACACGCCUCAACUUGUCAGAUAGGAGAGACUACAUGGCAAUUAAGGUAAAGACAAGCACAUGCGGUACUGCCAUGAUACAUUGGAGCAAUAUUCCAGGAAACUAUUUAAAUGAAGGUCUGAUGAUUGCUCUUUACAAGAGCGAUGACGAUGACAAGGCCCUGUUUUCUAAGUAUAUUGGAAACCAAAAAUAUGGAAGCUGUGACACAAAAAUCCCCCUGAAUGAACAGCUACAGGCUCGACUGCAUAAGACGCAGACAUCAUGUUUCUUCUGGAAAAGCCUCGGAGAGGAAAUAGACAGAGGAGACGAGUUUAAGAGUCCUGAAGCGGUUACUAUCAGUGGCAACGCAGCAAAACUACAGUUGUUUGUGAAAAAUGGGAAGGCUUGUGCUCGCUUGUACGUGUUAAAACAUAUGGACUGGAAGUCCAUAUGUAAAAAGGCGUGGGUUGGUUUCUACAGCUCAGAAACAAAACACACACAAGACUAUGAAUGGUGGCAAUGGCAAUGGGUGACAAAGUUCACACCUGUGAUGAAUUUUCAAGACUUUAACUAUGACACUUUUGAGUAUCAAUCAAGUUUGAAUAUUGCUCCAGGAGUCCAAGCGAGACUGAUAUUGGAUGGUUAUGAAGAGAAAGCACGCACCCCUGGCUGGACGUUGUGAAGAGAGAGGACAAUCAUGAUUUUUUUACAUUUCAGUUGAUUAGAUGUCUUUACGAAACGGCACUGAUUUUUUCAUGUACUGAUGUUUAAAGUUUAAAGAUGCUUGAUGCUGUCAAAAGAGUGAUUAUGCAGUUGAAACAUAACCUGUGAUUGGUUUGUCUUCUCCUGUCAUAGUUUCUUGUAUUUUAGUGUUGAUGAAUUGAGGGUAAGAAACUGCUGUGCAGAUUGUCAAAUCAUUUCCAUUUUUUAAAUAAAGUUGUUAUUUGUUUUACAUUUA